AUGGAAGUGGGGAGUGGCUGCAAGCUGGUUGUGGCGGUGGACUACGGUACCACCUUUACGAAGAUUGCCUUUGCUACCAAGACCGACACAGUUGCUCAACCGGACAUUGACAGCAUUCUUUUGAUGGACUGUUGGCCCCCGGGUAUUAUGGGCAAUUGUAAUACUCCAUCCCUGCUCUCAUACACGCACAAUGGAGGACCACAUCUCUGGGGAUUUGAAGUUAAGCCAGGCAUGCAAUCGUAUGCCUGGACAAAGCUGCUACUGGACAGAGAUGUCCAGCAUAGUGGGUUCAACGAUGAAAUGCUGAUGGCGGUCACCGGUUCAGAGAUCCUAAAGUUGCCCGACCAAAAGCAAGCUGUGGACACUGUGGCAGAUUAUCUUUCUCUGAUCUGCGCACAUAUCAAAUACCAUAUCCCCAAAGUUGUACAGCUUCUUCACGGCGACAAAGAGGAUCCAAGUGGAGUGCCAGUCGAUUUCUUGUUCACAAUGCCAGCUACAUGGUCUGAAGAGACACAGCUCUUAAUGGGUCAAGCAAUUGAAAUGGCAGGCUUUGGAAGAGACCCUCUAGAUCGGUUCUGGACCGCAACGGAACCUGAGGCUGCAGCUCUUGCCGUUUUCAGUGACAAGACUUUCAACCUUCAGGCUCAUGAUGGAGUUCUAAUCUGUGACUGUGGAGGUGGCACAGUGGAUGUUACAACAUACUAUGUCACAGAUGUUGCUCCAACAAUCUCUAUUGAGCAGAUCACUGCCGCCAUGGGAGCUAAAUGUGGUGGAACUGCUAUAGACAGUCGAUUCUAUGAACUAGUGUCUAGUCGACUUGAAGGAGGGUUCGAUAAUCUGCCCAUGAGCGAGAUCCAACCAGGAAGCUUUGUCAUGAAGAAAUUUCAAAAAAUCAAAGAAUUAUUCGAUGGCAAAGGAGAACAAACCUGGCACUUUGAUUUGGACUUCAAUCCCCCUGGCAGCCAUCUCGCACUCUCUAAUCAAAGACGAAAACGUGUUAUUCUUCGAUCCCAAGAUAUUCGAGGUUUGUACGAGCCUGUUGUCAGCUCAAUUUUCAACCUCCUUCUGUCUCAGAUCAGAGCUGCGAAUGAAAGAUGUGACCGGGAUGUCAUCAACAAAGUCGUCUUGGUUGGCGGGUUUACCGCCUCGCCCUAUCUCCAGGAAGCACUACAACGUGCCCUAAAACACAGGAACAACAUUUCCGUGCUUGUUCCUUCGAUGCCGGGAGAGACUACUGUUCGUGGGGCGGCACUUCAAGGCCUUCGGGGCUACUCUCCUCCAACUUACAAGUGCUGGCGAAAUUACGGUCUAGCAUCGGUUCAACCUUUCGCUCUCUCCAACCAAAAUGAGUCACAGAGGCUUGGAUAUGAGCGUGAUCUCCUCCUCCAUUGGGUUUUAUGCAAGGGCCAGAGAUACUCAAAGGCAUUCCAGUCAUCCUGUACAAUUUGGCUACUACAUUGGGAGGGCGAUCUUCUUGUCAAACCUGUGGACAUUUAUGAGUCCAAUCUCCCAGUUGCACCACAACAAUUUGGAAACUCCGAUGUGCGUCCCAUCGAUUAUAUUGAAUGUCACUUCAAUGGCCUUGACCUUGCGCGGUUUCCUCGUCAAAUCAUCGCCGGACAGACGGUCUACUACUUGGAGGUUACGGUUGAAGUGUCUUUUCUAAUGACAGAUCGGGUGAUACGUUUCAGGGCACGCGCACUAGACCAAGAAAUUGGAGAAAGGCGCUUUACUAUGCCUCAUGAUCGAGAGUAG